CCCCCUGGCCCCGCCCGCUCCCUGGCGCUAAGCUUCGCGCCGCUGGGCCCACCCGGCCCAGUCCGCCGCGGCUGUCCGCUGGGCUCGCGCGUCGCGGACUGAGCGUUAGCCGCCUCAGCCUCCUCAGCCACCUCUGCGCCCGCAGCCGCCGCCUCAGUCUCGCCCUCCGCACUGUCCGGCCCCGCCGCCCCGCGCGCCCCCAGCCCCUCAAGCCAGAUGAUGAACUUCCUGCGGCGCCGGUUGUCUGACAGCAGCUUCAUCGCCAACCUGCCCAAUGGUUACAUGACGGACCUGCAGCGGCCAGAGCCCCAGCAGCCGCCCCCGCCGUCCCCCGGCCCGGGCGCGGCCUCGGCCGCGGCCUCGUCUGCGCCCCCGGCCGCCUCUCCGGGCCCGGAGCGGAGGCCGCCGGCGGCCCCGGCAUCCGCGCCGCACCCUGCGCCGCAGGCAGCCCCGGCGCCGUCGGUGGGCAGCAGCUUCUUCAGCUCGCUGUCCCAAGCCGUGAAGCAGACGGCCGCCUCUGCCGGCCUGGUGGACGCGCCCGCGCCCGCGCCCGCCGCUGCCAGGAAGGCCAAGGUGCUGCUGGUCGUCGACGAGUCGCACACCGACUGGGCCAAGUGCUUUCGGGGCAAAAAAGUCCUUGGAGAUUAUGAUAUCAAAGUGGAACAGGCAGAAUUUUCAGAACUCAACCUGGUGGCCCAUGCAGAUGGGACCUAUGCUGUGGAUAUGCAGGUGCUCCGGAAUGGCACGAAAGUUGUCCGGUCCUUCCGGCCAGACUUUGUGCUCAUCCGGCAGCAUGCGUUUGGCAUGGCGGAGAAUGAGGACUUCCGUCACCUGAUCAUCGGCAUGCAGUACGCAGGCCUCCCCAGUAUCAACUCACUGGAAUCCAUUUACAACUUCUGUGACAAGCCGUGGGUGUUUGCCCAGCUGGUGGCCAUCUACAAGACACUGGGAGGAGAAAAGUUCCCACUCAUUGAGCAGACAUACUACCCCAACCACAAAGAGAUGCUGACACUGCCCACGUUCCCUGUGGUGGUGAAGAUUGGCCAUGCUCACUCGGGCAUGGGCAAGGUCAAAGUGGAAAAUCACUAUGACUUCCAGGAUAUUGCUAGCGUGGUGGCCCUCACCCAGACCUAUGCCACAGCAGAGCCUUUCAUUGACGCCAAGUAUGACAUCCGGGUCCAGAAGAUAGGCAACAACUACAAGGCUUACAUGAGGACGUCGAUCUCAGGGAACUGGAAGACAAACACUGGUUCUGCAAUGCUGGAACAGAUCGCCAUGUCAGACAGGUACAAGCUGUGGGUAGAUACCUGCUCUGAGAUGUUUGGUGGCCUGGACAUCUGUGCUGUCAAAGCUGUACAUGGCAAAGAUGGGAAAGACUACAUUUUUGAGGUCAUGGACUGCAGUAUGCCACUGAUUGGGGAACACCAGGUGGAAGACAAACAACUCAUCACUGAACUUGUCAUCAGCAAGAUGAACCAGCUGCUGUGCAGGACCCCUGCCCUGUCUCCUCAGAGACCCUUAACCACCCAGCAGCCACAGAGUGGAACACUUAAGGAUCCGGAUUCGAGCAAGACCCCACCUCAGCGGCCAGCCCCCCAAGGGGGCCCUGGGCAACCCCAAGGAAUGCAACCCCCAGGCAAGGUGCUGCCUCCACGCCGGCUCCCCCCUGGACCAUCAGUGCCACCUUCCUCCUCUUCCUCCUCCUCCUCUUCCUCCUCCUCCUCGGCUCCUCCUCGGCCGGGCGGCCCCACCACCCACGGAGAUGCACCCUCCAGCAGCAGCUCCCUGGCAGAGGCCCAGCCGCCCCCGGCUGCUACACCACAGAAGCCCCAGCCUCACCCACAGCUCAACAAGUCGCAGUCCCUGACAAAUGCCUUCAGCUUCUCUGAGUCCUCCUUCUUCCGGUCUUCAGCCAAUGAGGAUGAAGCCAAAGCAGAGACCAUCCGGAGCUUGAGGAAGUCCUUUGCCAGCCUCUUUUCAGAUUAGCUCUCCAGACACACGGGGGCACCCGGCCCAACGGGGGAAGGCAUCCGAGACAUUUGCCAACAACACUCAGCCAUGCUUGGUGGUGAUGUCCCAUGACCUUGACUUGUGUGGCCCCUUCCUCUGCUCCGUUGUGCUAAGUGAUAUCGUACAGCUCAGAAAGGAACAUAUGAAGGUCUCAGGACAGGUGCCUAACCAGCAAGGGGCACCUGACAUCAGAGAGGAUAGAGCUGCUUUCCUGUAGUCCCGAGAGCUUCCUCUGAGGUCAUCGUUCGCUGUGAGUUUAGUGGCCUUAUUGUGAAAGUGCCAUCAUGUCUUAUUCUUCCUCAUGAAACCAGGAUUCGCUUCAUUGAGGACUCCUGGUAGCUUUACUUAGCUCAGAUGCAGUGCUAAGCAUGCCCCUCGACCCCCCUUAUAGUCAGUGCUGCCUGUUUGGGGAGUAUAUAUACGUAUCCAAAAAUACUCUUGGCUCUAAGUGUUAGGAACUUACCACACCUAGAUCCCUUGUCACACCUGUUUAGCUGUUUAAAACACCUGCCCAGCACACGAGAUUCCUCUGCUGCUGUCGUGGUGAAGCACCUUUAGUCCACUGAUACUGGAGAGAACAAGGAUCUGCCGUUUUCCCCUUUUCCCUCCGCUGCAGUGCGGUUCUUAUGUGCGCGCUGCAGUGAUCUUGAGCUCUGAAGCUGCACUGUAGAGAAUGCAUGCCACUGUAACAGCAGUAUACCAAGUUCUGUGUUCAUCUCCAAAUAAAUGUUAAGACCUUUGGUGUAAUAAAAGCAGCAGCAUUAAUCGGCA